CGGUCGGUGAGAGCUACCGCCCCGGAACUGACUAGGGGCUGGCCCCCAGCAGUGCACGCGGGGGCGGAAAGACGCGAGGACCAGCCCCUGGGUCUUUCGAGGGUGGGAGUUUGCCGGCAGCGAGUGAGCCCGCUGCUAGUGGGGUGGAGAGAAUAAGCCUCGGGCGUACCCUCGGGAACAGCCCGGCGCCUGGGGGCGGGGCUCGGCGGCCGGGUUCUCCGCUUGGCAGUUAGUCCCGCUGAGCCCCGAGGGCUGCAGGUAGGAGGGGCCCGGAGAAAGGAUGGGGGCACAGAACCGGAAGGAUCGAAGAGCUCCCCCGGCUCGCCUUGUCCUAAUAUGGUGCCCAACCUGAGGCUGGGCUGCACCACUGCAUGGCUGUGAGGGAAGAUGGCAGCAAAGACGACAAGAAGGCCAAAGUCACAAGCGAGAGCCUCACCGAUGACGGGAGAAGCUUGAGUAGUGAUUUCAAACUUCAGGAAUCUAAAACUACCACGGCAGUCCUAGCGGGAAAACUUCCGAAGUGCCAAGUGUUUUUAGCUUCUCCCUCCCCCGCUCGGGACAUAGAUGGUACAGUCCGGACGUCCGGGCGGAGACUGCGGCUGCGCUUCUCGCGAAAGGGCAGGCGUCGCGGGGCUGGCCACUUCCGUACUUCCGCUUUCCGGCCCAGCCAGCGCCCGCGAUGACUGCCACUCUCCGCCCCUACCUGAGUGCCGUGCGGGCCACACUGCAGGCUGCCCUCUGCCUGGAGAAUUUCUCCUCCCAGGUCGUGGAACGACACAACAAGCCAGAAGUGGAAGUCAGGAGUAGCAAAGAGCUCCUGCUACAACCUGUGACCAUCAGCAGGAAUGAGAAGGAAAAGGUUCUGAUCGAAGGCUCUAUCAACUCUGUCCGGGUCAGCAUUGCUGUGAAACAGGCUGAUGAGAUCGAGAAGAUUUUAUGCCACAAGUUCAUGCGCUUCAUGAUGAUGCGAGCAGAGAACUUCUUUAUCCUUCGAAGGAAACCAGUGGAGGGGUAUGACAUCAGCUUUCUGAUCACCAACUUCCACACAGAGCAGAUGUAUAAACACAAGUUAGUGGACUUUGUGAUCCACUUCAUGGAGGAGAUCGACAAGGAGAUCAGUGAGAUGAAGCUAUCGGUCAACGCGCGUGCGCGCAUAGUGGCCGAGGAGUUCCUCAAGAAUUUCUAAACCAUCUGGCUGGAUUUUGUGGCCUUCCCCCUCAAGCUCCCUGUGUCUGCGAAGGCGUCCUGGAGUUACUCCCCAGAGCGGCGGUGGCAGCAGCAGUGGAGGGGAGCUGGGUUGGGGUGGGCGUUAGAUGCGGGAGGGGGGUGGUAUGCUUGCUAGCUGGGCAACAAAGCAGUGGACCUGCCCCAAGGCCAUGUGUGCCUGGUCAGGCUGGCUUCUGAUGUUCUGUCCCCUGGGCUGGGACAGGUUUUUUUUUUUUUUUAAGUCUUGAAACUUAAACUCUGUGCUUGUAGGAGACUGUAACCUUUUGUCUUUUUUUUUUUUUUUUUUUUUAAACAAACAACCUCCACCUCCAGUGGCUGUGACUGGUCCCAGUGAUUGUACCUUAUUGGUCGCUGUGGGUCUGGGCGGGCCUGGAGCCAGAAGGCGACUACUGUUCCUCGCCAGAGCCACCCCAGGUGGGGAGGGAGGGAGGUUUCAGACUCCACUUCCUCUCCCUCAUCCUCUUAUUCUGUGGAUCCAGUAGAAGCGGUGGGGGCCCUCUGCCAGCUUCCUGAGCUCUGCCUGAAGAUGGCCAUCCAGCACUGGUUGGGGCCAAGGGCUGCACUGGUGGCCACCAGCCAUGCCUAGGAGCUAGGGCCUGGAAGCUAGGCAACCUCUGGCCACAGGGGCCACUUCUUGCCCUCCCAGCUGAGAGGGGCUGCUGUUUUGCCUUGUCUGUCAGUGCAGUGCCUGUGCUAGAGGUAGAGAGGUGAGUUCUCUGGGGCUUCCAGCUGGGCCCUCCGCCUGCUGUGGCUCCUCUGCUCCCUCGCUCACUGUACCUUUUCUUAUUCUGGUGGAUCCUCCCUCCCCUAAUUAAAGUCUCUUCUUGCCCCUCUGGGGCUGCAUGAGGUCUGUGCUCUGUGUGUAUAUGUGAAAGGAGAGCUGGUAGGACUCGCUCUUCUACAAAACCAUGUGGCUGGCAUUCGGGGUCCCCACCACAGCUGUCUGAUUGGCCCUUGACAUUAACCUUGCCAAGGGCCCUAACCCAAGAGACCUGUAUUGCAGUCCAGGCUCCUCCUGUUGCUGAAACUACGCUCUCUGCUUGUGUAGAGCUUUGGUUCUUUUCACAUAAGAGAUGAGCUCAUUUGGAGUUCCUGCGUGGCUCAGUGGUUAAUGAAUCUGACUAGGAACCAUGAGGUUGCGGGUUCGAUCCCUGGCCUCACUCAGUGGGUUAAGGAUCCGUCAUUGCCAUGAGCUGUGGUGUAGGUUUCAGAUGAGGCUCAGAUCCCACGUUGCUGUGGCUCUGGCAUAGGCUGGUGGCUCAGCUCCAAUUAGACCCCUGGCCUGGGAACCUCCAUAUGGCACAGGUGCAGCCCUAGAAAAGACCCCCCCAAAAAGUUUGAAAUUCAAUUCCUCAGUCCCACUAGUGUUCCAUAGCUACUGGUGGGUAAUGCCUCCCCUGUGACCCAGUAGAUAGAACAUUUCCCUUAUCGUAGCAAGUUCUAGUAGACAGCACUAAAUCUUAGUGACAUCUUCAAGUAAAAGAAAAAAACUCCAAAACCAAAACACUGUUUGAGUCCUGAUUCUUGCUGCUGAAUUUAAGCAGGUUAUUUAUAUUGUCUCAGUUUUUUAAUCUCUAAAUGGAGAUAAUGUAAAUUUAACAUAGUACCUGCCAUAUAGGUACUGAAUAAACAACUGAUCUUUCCACCA